CCUGUGAUUUGAAGAGUGCACAGAGGCAGGAGACUUUUUGCAGUGUCGGGGCUAUAAAGAGAGGGAGUGGCGGACUGGUUAACACUGAGAAGAGAGACUCCACACACAGACAGCAGCACAGCAGCGCCCGGGAUAACAUGAUUAGCGCUCUAUUAGGUCCGGUAUUGAGGCACAACUAGAUGCAGCACAGGGAUAAUUCUGUGGGGAGAGAGAAGGGGAAAAGAGGAGAGAUGAUGAGAGCAGACUUCACCCUUCAUCCGCCACAUGGACACAGUGGAUUGCCUUUGCUUGUUAUUGAUCUGCCUAAAGAAGUUACCUGCUGACUGAGUUUUUUUUCCCUCUGCCUGCAAGAGAUUGUGUGCCUGCCUUCUGCCUCAGAUGAACUGCCACCCUUAUUCACUAGAACUGAUCUUUGAGGAGCCCACACAAAAUGAAAGGCAAGAAUCCACAAACCUCACAGAAGAGUGAUUCAGUCCCCCUCCUCUGUCUGGCUGUGAGCUACUAGCCCUGUCUUUUUCAGUGGAUGCUCAGGUGAACUCAGGCAGGAAGUGGGCCGACCUGCUCCAAUGGGGUUCAACAACGAGACCAACGAGACUCUUCCAGGAAGAGUGCCCUACAGCAUCCAGACCUCCCUGCCGCUCACCGUCUUGGUGGGGAUCCUGAUCUUGCUAACAGUAUUUGGUAACAUCCUGGUGGUGAUCGCUGUGUUUACAAGCCGGGCCCUGAGGGCUCCUCAGAACUUGUUCUUGGUUUCCCUGGCGUCGGCGGACAUUUUGGUAGCAACCCUCGUGAUGCCCUUCUCCUUGGCCAAUGAGCUCAUGGGAUACUGGUACUUUGGCAAAGUGUGGUGCGAGAUUUACCUGGCGCUUGAUGUCCUCUUCUGCACCGCCUCCAUUGCCCACCUGUGUGCCAUCAGCUUAGACCGCUACUGGUCCAUCACGCAGGCCAUCGAGUACAACCUGAAGCGGACGCCGCGUCGCAUCAAGUGCAUCAUCUUCAUCGUGUGGGUCAUCGCGGCGGUGAUCUCCUUCCCGCCCCUGAUCACCAUGGAGAAGAAGAGUGAGGAAGGGCCCCAGGAGGGCCCCGUGUGCAAGAUCAACGAGGACAAGUGGUACAUUAUCUCCUCCUGCAUCGGCUCCUUCUUCCUGCCCUGCGUCAUCAUGGUCCUCGUCUACGUGCGGAUAUACCAGAUUGCUAAGAAAAGGACGCGUGCACCGCCGGGGGACAGGAAGAGGAAGGAAACACCGUUGACGGCAACUGUUGCCGCCGCCAAACAGAAGGAGAACGGCCUGGGUGGGGUCGAGGGCGAGGAUCGCCUCUGCCAUGAGAAGCUCAAUGGCGAGCGCGAUGCAGAGCUGGAGGCGGUAGUGGAGGUCGAAGGAGGAGCAGAUGAGGACAAAGGUGAGGUGAACGGGGUGGACAUUGAGGAGUCGUCUUCCUCCGACCACAAAGUGAACAACCCCUGCUCGAUCAAAAAGAAAAAGGCCAAGGGGAAAACCAAGCUGAGCCAAAUCAAACCCGGGGACAACAGCGUCCCCAAGCGGGUCCAGAGCACCAAGGGGAGCCGCUGGAAGGGACGGCAGAACCGAGAGAAACGCUUCACCUUUGUCCUGGCCGUGGUCAUCGGCGUGUUCGUCAUCUGCUGGUUCCCCUUUUUCUUUACGUACACGCUGAUGGCGCUGUGCGAGUCCUGCUCCGUCCCCAACACCCUGUUCAAAUUCUUCUUCUGGUUUGGCUAUUGUAACAGUGCCUUGAACCCCAUCAUCUACACCAUCUUCAACAAUGACUUUAGGAGGUCCUUCAAAAAGAUCCUGUGCAAGGGGGACAACAGAAGACUGGUAUGAUGGACUGCAGCUCUGUGUGUCUUUUUAUAUAUUGUACAUUUAUUGUAAAGUACAUUGACCAUUGGCAUUGUGCAUGGAUUACUGGCUUCUCAACUCUCUAGGUGUAACUCCUUGGAAAGGCUUUUCUGGGACAAGCUUUACAUACAGCAAAGCAUCAAAAAGCUUUUUUCUUCCUUUUCAGAACAUCAACCACCCACUGCUUCAACACCAACUAGAAUCACGCAGACAAAGCUCUCCACAGUGCAACACACGCUGUAACACAGCCACAGUGAGGCCAUGUAUUUUUAAUUUUAAUUUAUUCUCUUUUUAUUUUUUGUAAAUGACACUAACCCCAACAGAACACGGUGAGAUCCAUGAUAUGUGUUGUGCUUUACCACAAUAUGUUGUACAAAAAAAAUGACGUGUCCCUAUUUGUGAUUUGUCCCUAUUUUCAUUGUUAUGGAACCAGGACCAGUACUGUGCAAUUUUGUAUGAUAUCAUUAUGAUGAUGAUGAUCAUGUGCGGGAAAGAUGCUGGCUCUGUAAAGAAUAAAUCCAUUUCCUGAA